UACUGAUAUGGUAUUAUUAAAGUGCCUACCCGACCUAAUAACUAGCAACCUAAGCAUGCUUAAAUAUUUUCCUUUUAGAUUCACCAGUGUAUUGAUGGAAUAAUUCACUUUCAUUCUAAUAAAAAAACCAAUACUUAUGUGUCAAUUGCAACACAGACCGAGCCAAUAAGUUCAUCCCUGGAUGAUAGCCUACCAAGUGGUUUUCCAUCAAAUCCCCACCCAAAAAUAUCUAAGGGGUCACAAUUCAUCUUUUGGAAGUUUGUUUAGUGGCAUCUCGUCUAAUUAUGAUAAUGAUAUAUCAUUUCAUCCAAGUGAUGCUGACACAGACAAUGAAGAAUCUGAAGAUGAAUUUAUUGAAGAACAUAAUGUAAACUUUGUGAGCGAGAUGAAGUAUGUCGUGUUUAAUAGUCAGUUAAAACAACUGUUUAACAAGUGUCUUGGUGAUAAUCAGUGUGCUGCACCUGUGGUUGAACUUGACUAUCGCCACAAAGGUAGUUUGGUAAUUGUAAAUGGAACUUGCUUGCAUAAUCACCACUUUGAAUGGAGGUCGCAGCCACUUUCUAACAAGAUGGCUAUUGGCAACCUGUUACUUGCAGCAUCAAUUUUAUAUUCAGGAAACACCUACACCACUGCUGCAGAAUUUUUUGACACCUUCAAAUUAAAAUUUUUCAGUGAAAACGAUUUUUAUUAUAUACAACGAAAGUAUUUACUUCCAGUUGUCAAUUCCAUGUGGAACAGCCAACAGCAACAGCUGCUAUCAGAAUAUGAAGGCAACACAGAUCUGAUUGUGGCAGGGGACGGACGGUCUGAUAGUCCUGGCCAUUCAGCAGCAUUUGGCACAUAUUCGCUAAUGGAUACCAAAACAAAUGCUGUAUUAGCUACAUCUGUUGUCAAGGUUACCGAAGUAAACAACUCGUACUCAAUGGAAAAAGAGGGUUUGAUACGAUGCCUUAAUCAGCUGGAAGAAGCACAUGUUACAGUAACAACACUAGCUACAGAGAGGCAUCCUCAGAUUUCGAAAUUGAUGAAGGAUGAAUAUUCAACAAUCUCCCAUCAAUAUGAUGUCUGGCACAUGUCUAAGUCAAUAAAGAAGAAACGUGCAGCAGCAGCCAAAAGAAGGGAGUGUGCCGAGCUACAACCAUGGAUAAAGUCUAUUGGAAAUCAUUUUUGGUAG